CGAGAGCUUAACAAAAACAAAAUAGUUCAUUUCUCUGCAGGAUUUUAUAAAUUGCAACACAAUGGGGGGCAACAAAGUGAGUAAAAUGGAAAAAGUCUACAAUCUAAAGGACAAAACCCUAAAAUUUGUGGAUCGAGAGGACGAAUUAGACUUUUUCUAUGAAGGUUUUGAUUCUCCCAGAGCAGAGAUGUCCUGUGGUCACGCUGUGACUCCCAUGUCUCUCACAAACUGGUGCCGCCGGCUGUUGGAUGAGGGGGAGAACAGGUUUGUUUGUGGCAUGACUGGCUGUAAUAAGGAGUGGUCUUAUGAGGAGGUCUGUAAAAUGGCUCUGCUGACUCCUGAUGAGAAGGAGUACUUUAAAAAAACGAUGAAAAUCAUCGCUGGCAGAGAACGCAAGAAAAAUACUAAAUUAUGUCCUAGAUGCAAAGUUCCAGUGAUGAGGAAAGAUGAGUCUAACUUGAGAGUGCGUUGCCAGGUUUGCUCAAAAAAGAAAAGAAGAGACUUUGAUUUCUGCUGGCAGUGUUUGAAAGAGUGGAAGGGUCCACACCCACGUUCAGACCGCUGUGAGAAUGACGGCUGCUACAGUGAAGCUCUGACAACUCUGAAGAACUGCCCAAAUAUCGUCUUUGAAUCGGUCAUAAAAGUUAGAGGAUGUCCCUCCAUCAGAGCCUGUCCCACCUGCGGCUCUCUGGUGCAGCACAGCUCAAAAUACUGUAAAAGCAUCGUGUGUCCUCGAUGUAAGGUCAAGUUUUGCUUUGUGUGUCUAAAAAUCAUGACUGAAUGCACAGAAACAAGCGAUCCGUAUGAACCCUGCUCCAGUGGAGUCGCCCCCAGACAGACCUCCAUCCCUGUGAGGCAUCAAAGGUGACUUUACUGACAUGUUAGGUGUGCAAAAGUGUUUAGAAAAGGUUAUUUUAAAGGCACGUGUGUUUCUAAAGCUAAUAAAAAUCUUUUACUUUUAAGUGUAUAUGUUCUUAAAACGCACUUUUUAGUUUGGCUUUUAAUUAAAAUGAUCUAUUUGAGUUUUUUUAUUGUAUUUAUUAAUAAUCUGUUAUGUGUUUUUACAAAUUUUAUGCUUUGUUCAGCACUUUGGUGAACCUUGUAUUUGUGUAUAAAUAGACUUCAUGAGUUGAUUUUUUAUUGUGACUUCUUUUUUAAAUAAAAGUGAUAAGAAAAAAAUCCUGUAAGACUGAAGUGAUUUUCAGUAAACAUCAUAAUUCACAAGAAAAUUGCUUCAAGAGCUUUCAGUUUUGUAAAAGUUAAAAAAACGUUAAAGUGAUUGAGUUUCUCUAUUAUGGUGUGUGUCACUUUAUUAUUUGGACUGAUUUUUUUUUCCACAAUUUCACUUUUGUGAAACAAAGUGAAAAUAAAGGCUCACAUCUUAAUUAUUCUUUACUAGAAGUGUCUUUAUUAUGUGUGUGUUUUUUAGAUUUAGAUGUUAAGAUUUUUACAUUUUAAGACCAAAGCUGUGAUAUU